CACAGUGAUCCGUGUUUUUUCCAUUCCAGAAGGUCAGAAACUGUUUGAGCUCAGGCGAGGAAUGAAAAGGUGUGUGACAAUAUUUUCACUGGCAUUCAGCUUGGAUGGAGCAUUUCUUUCUGCCUCAAGUAACACAGAGACUGUACAUAUCUUCAAGUUGGAGACAGUCAAGGAAAAGCCUGCAGAAGAACCAACCACCUGGACAGGUUACUUUGGAAAAGUUAUUAUGGCUUCCACCAGUUAUUUGCCUUCCCAAGUAACUGAAAUGUUCAACCAGGGCAGAGCUUUUGCAACUGUUCGCUUGCCUUUCUGUGGUCACAGGAACAUCUGUUCUUUGGCAGUAAUUCAAAAGAUCCCAAGACUUCUAGUUGCUGCUGCAGAUGGUUACCUGUACAUCUACAACCUUGACCCACAAGAGGGUGGAGAGUGUACACUAAUGAAACAACACAAGUUAGAUGGAAGCAUGGAACCUACCAAUGAAAUCUUAGAGUCUGCAUCCCAUGAUAGGCCUUUUGUUUCAAAGAAUUAUAGUACAGCAGCGACAAUAGAUACUUACUCAACAUCACCAACCAGUCAUGCCUUUUCUGAUGAGCUUGGAGCUGUUGGCGGGACAAACUUCGAAGAUGAAACCCAUGCUCUUCAACUCGAUGAAGACAGUGAGAACCCACCCAUGGUCUUGAGAACCGAAUGAAUGACUAUGUUAGCUGUUCCUCAACAUAGGCACAGAACUACAAGAAGAUAUUUUGGGAUCUCUUGUGUUUGCUGCUAUGGACUAAUUUAGGGAUCAGGAAAGAUUUCAAUACAAUUAAAAGUUCUGCAAAAUACAAGUGGAUAAUUGUUAUGAGUGGUAGAAGUUCUAUUAUUUUCACUUCACUCUUAGUGCAAUUAUUAGUUUUUGUUUGGUUGCCAAAAUAAUAUAUUAUCUGUUGCUUAGCAUGUUGCUUUGUGCCAACCAAAUUUAGGAAAAAAUAGAAACAAAGUUUGACAUUUUUAUCUUUUCAGACUCUGUAUGUGUAUGUGUAUAU